AUGAGUUCAAACGCAUGGGGAAGACUGAAAGAUCUGCGAGGAGCGUUACAAGGUGACAUGAGCGCAUGUGAACAGGGAGUCGAGGCCAGGUUAACUGAUUUCGAAAAUUCCGAUACCUUUUUGUCAAAUUUGGGCACUGAGGAAGAUGAUUUCGAAUAUACUGACGAAAUAGAUGAAGACGACGAAAAUCAUCAUCUCCAGUUGCUCACUGCGCAACAACAAUGGGAAGAGUCUAUAGAACAGCUCGGCCAGGCUCUCAAUUGGGUUUUACUGCCACUUUUAGGUAAAUUUUUAGGUCGGAGAACUGCACUAAAGUUGUGGAGACACGCUAUGGAUUACCUGUGGCGAGCGUAA